AAUCGUUGCCGUAGAAAUAGUAAACACUUCCGGCACAUCUUGUUUAUCUGGAGGAAGUGUGAAUGAGAAAAUUGAACAAUGCCUCCAAAGAAGGGUAAAGCGGGAAAGAAAAAGGGAAAAGGUGAUGCACCCGCAGAGCCAGAGAAACCUAAAACACCAGAACCUACAGACAAAGAAGUUCUUCUCAAAGCAGAGCUAGAGAAAGUCAAUCUGCAACUUGUGAAAGCCAAGGACAAUGUGGAAGAGCUUAAAAAGGAGAAUGAAUGGUUACAGAGUGAGGCUCAAAAAAUUCGGAUAGAAAGUCAUGAAUACAUGAGCUACAUGGAGAAGAAGACGAGCAAAAGACAGACAACGAUCAUCACACUGAGCGACCACAACAAGCAAGAGAUCAGGAACAUACAGUUGCAACGGCAGAACAUGGAGGAAGAAUUUGAUGACAAGAAAAAAGCUUUGGAGAAUUUGCUUUUAGAAAAGCAACACCUGCUUGAAAAGACGAAUCAAGAGCUUGGAGACUUACAGGAAUACAAGGAUUUACAAACAGACCAGCUGAGCAAGAUCCGAGACCUUGAGCGACAAGUCAUGCAGAUGAGGGCCCACCAUACUGAACGUAUCCAACAGAUGAAAUCAGACUUUCUACGAGAGAAAAAGGAAUACCAGCACGACUCCGACUUCAGGAUUCAGUCUUUGGAGAAGAAAGCCAAUAAGGAAGCGGUGCAGUGCCUGACGGAGCACACCAACAAGAUCAAGCUGGAGAACCGCGACCUGCGCCAUGAGCUGCUGCAGCUCAUCAAGACCACACGCGCCCUCAACGAGCACCGGCACAUGCUGGAGGACCAGAAGAAACAGCUGCUGCGCGAGCAGAACUAUGCCAACGACCUCAAGACUCUCCGGGAAGCCAGGCAGAAGAAAUCCUUCAAGCCGCUAGAGUACCAGGACGACAAUAUGACCAUGACGGAAGGGGACACGACGGUCCGUACUAGUUAAAAGUUGUAGUUACUGUAUUAUAUUGUCAUGAUUGUAACACAAUUUGUGCAAGUCAUUUUUUGUCAGGGAUAUAUUCACUGGUAUGGUAAAAAUGCCUGUUACUUGGUUUCAUAUUCUCGGCAUCGCUACAUUUAGUUUAAUGUACUAAAAUCC